AUGUCGUCGUAUCUCGACUCGGUAGACUGCCAGCAAUACCCCGACAUGUUCGGCCUCGACCUCGCCCCCAACAACUUCCUCCAGGUUAACAGUGAUUCGUCUGGAGCAUCGUCGCCCGACAUCGCCUCGCUCCUUCCUGCACGGCAUAGGUGGGACUCGCCAAUGCCCUCGGCGCCCAUCGACAUCCCGCAUGCGCAUUCUCACGCGCACUCCCACCCGCACGACUCGGUCUCUCCCAUCAGAGCCGGCGCCGUCUCCGCUCCUCCGUGGUUCGGCAUCACGGGCCAGGGCGCAUACGAGAUGCCCUCCGACACGGAAUGGCGUGACGACCACCGUCACCCCUUCAUGUCUCAGACCUACGCGCCCCCUCGUCACCACCCCUACCUCACCGAGCCGCGCCCCGAGCCGCCCCGCAAGUCCGGUCGCCUCGGCGUCAAGCGGAGGCAGAAGUACACUCGCUCGCGCACGGGGUGUCUGGGUUGCCGCGCCCGCCGCAUUAAGUGUGACGAGGCACGCCCCAUUUGUCGCCGUUGCGUCGUUGCCAAACGCGAGUCGGACUGCGUGUUUCCCGACCAAGGGGUGAAGAAGCCCAAGGGCUCGGAUAGCGAGUGCUCGUCACCUGAGCAGCGCAAGCCCUCGCCUGAGAUCCCGGGCCUCGUCCACCGCUCAUCCGAUGAGAGCCAGCCCUCCAGCAGCAGUCUUAGUACGCAUGGGGGCUCGGAGGACGUCCAGCUCGGCAUCGGCUUCAAGCCAGAUUUCCUCGGCUUUGAUCUCAUGCCUGAGGGAAUGGAGCUUGGUCUCGGCUGGUCCGCCCCGCCCUUUCUCCCGAACAACCUCGAGACCGAUCUCAACAACGCCCCGUUGAGCUUCCUCAACUCCGCCGCGCCCGUGCCGCACCCCCACCAGAUGGUCGGACGCGAAAGUGGUGAGAAGAGCCCCAGUCCCGCAACACCAAUGCUCACCACGCCCAACUAUUUCUUGCCCUACUUUCCCACGGCGCACGAACAGAAUCUUAUCUUACACUAUUGCGCGCAUGCGGCCGCCCUGACGAUUGCGAUCCCGCUUGGCCCCAACCCCAUGCUGGCUGUGUCUCUCCCCCUCGCGCUGGCGUCGCCCCGUGGUACGAAUGCCGCAUGUGAUGCAUUGCGGGCCGCGCUGCUGGGUGUCGGCGCUGCGCACCAAGCCUUCCUGCAGGCGCGUGGCGGGCACCCCUCGACGGCGACGACGGGACUGGCGGCGGCGUUGAGUUUGCGGGAGGAGGGCAAGGAGCUUGUGAGAGCAGCCGUCGCACGGGGAGAUAAUAGCGACGCGGCAUUAGCCGCCGCCACCUCCCUUGCAACCAUAGAUAUUUUCCUCGGCGGAAGUGGGUGGGAGGAGAACUUCGCCGUCGCCAAAAGUAUUGUUUCCGCGCGUGGCGGGCCAUCCGCCCUCCUCGCCGGCCCCACCACCGCCCUUCCGGAUGGCAGCAUCGUCACCCCCGCACGCCUCAGCCUCGAGAUUCUCGCAAUAUACGACACAUUCGCAUCCCUCCCCUGCGGCACCUCGCCCAGCCUUCUCAGCGACGAAGACGACUGGUGGUUCAGCCCGAGCCUCGACGACGCGGACGGCUAUCCCUCCACCCCCUUCGGCGCAGCCUCCGUCGAAACCCAGUUUGGAGUCUCCCGCGUUGCCAUCCACCUCUUCGCACGCACCGCGCGCCUCCUUGCGCGCGUCACUUCCCCCCUCUCAGAACCACCCACACCCUUCGGGCCGGGCGAGAGCGCCAUCCCCGGCCCCAGCGGUGGCGCAGGCAGUCGGCGCGGCUCCCUCGCAGGGCCACCCAGCCGGAGCGGCAGCAUCGGCUCCCGACUCGCCACCGACGUGUUUGAAGCGCUCGUCGGCCGGCGUAUGGAUACGGCGUUCAAGAGGGGAGGCAUCUUCGCACCGGAUGCAAACCCUUUCGGCCCCGCCACGGCUGCUCCAGCUUCUCCCCUGGACGACUCCCUUGCUGAAGAAGCCGCGUGCUUCAAGCUCGAUCUUGACGGUUGGAUCGAGAGCCUAUCCACCGCAAACACGCACGAGCGCGUGCACGCCGGUGACAGGGCAUACGCGUUUGCCAUGCGAAUCCUUCUUCUUCGCAUGGUGUUUGGCCGGGCAAGGACCGAUGCGUUGGUCCAGAGAGCCGCGCUUGAGGUCAUGCAGGCAUGCAGUAUCAGUACGGCGGCCCUCGGCAUGAGUAUAGACCUCAUGUGGCCUGCCGUCGUGGCAGGCUGUUGCCUGAACGGCGUGGACCGGACGUGGGUGGAGACGCUACUCGAAGGGUUCAAAACACAGUGCUGCUUCGACGUCGACACAGCGUCAAGGAUCAUUCGCGAGGUGUGGCGCCGCGUUGAUGCAGGUGAUCGCACGGCUGACUGGAAGCCCGUGUGUGAUGACCUGGGGCUGAGAGUUCUACUCUGCUAA